AUGGACAAUGUAAAGGAGGCUGAGGCAUAUCGCAGGGAACUUCCCGAUGUGCGAUUCAAUGCGCCUGUGUACCGCGAAAAAGUGAAGGACUUAUCACAGUUCUCGACAGUUCCCUCAUCUAUAGAGGCGGUUGAGUUGCCUCAGACAGAAGUUAUGAAGUCUCCUGCUGAUGGUUCUCUCUCUGGACGGGCGGAACAAACCGCGGUGUCUUCAGCAGCGGAGAUCCCGGACUCGAGGCCGGCAACUGAACCUAAGUUGGACGGAGGAAAUGAGUCACCUUCCACUCUGAGCAAAACUGACGCUAUUGCUGGUGCUGCUGAGAACUCGAAUGCACCCAACGCUACGGUUACACCGGCGUUAGCGGACAUUGAGUACAGCAAGGGACCAGCAGCCUCUCCACGGCAAAACGUGACUGGUGGUAAAUCGAAACGUCAUCGUCCUCCGAAGCCGGAGCGUCAGAGAUUGGCAGCGUUGAGGCAACAACAGCGUGAAGAGGAAGCAGCUGAGAAAGCUGCCCUUCUCGCGCAAGCCCAAGCGUGA